UAAAUAUAAAUUAGUUUCUUGUUUAUAUGGAUGCUUUAUAGAUUUUUGAUAGUUUUAGUGGUUUUUAUUGGUUUAAUAAAUUUGAAAUAUAAUCCGGCUAUGUGGCCGGUUCUUGGUCGAACCAAUUACUAGACCAACCCGGCUAUAUAACCGGUUCAUGGUCGAACCCGGUCCAACCAUCGGGUCGGUCCGGUUUUAAAAACACCGUUUUUUUGUGUAUUUUCGUGUUACAUAUAUGGAGGAAAAAAUGGUAUUUGAGAUUUUUCAAAAAAAGGAAAAAAACAGCAGAAAAUAGAGAUUGGUUCAAAAUGUCGUUAUAAUAGCUUGAGCGCCAAAAAACAAUCAGUCACACGAAACUAUAACUAACUUUCCUUCUCUGCCUUCACCUUCCAUUCUCUGCAUCUUCUUUACCGAUUCGCUUAAACAAGUAGUACCUCUAACCUCAUCGAAGAAACAAUGGCGCCUGAAGAUGAAGAAGUCCAUAACGAUCUUACCGAGCAACUGGUGAAGACAUCAGAGAGUGACGAGCACGCCGAGUUCAAGGGAGCUUCUUUCAACGGAGCGGUACUCAACCUCGCAACAACGAUCAUCGGUGCUGGUAUCAUGGCUUUGCCCGCGACGAUGAAGAUCCUCGGACUCGUUCCCGGAAUCGUGAUGAUCGUUCUCAUGGCUUUCUUGACCGAAAAGACGAUUGAGAUCUUGCUCAGGUUUAGCGGAAUCGGGAACGCGAGAUCGUACGGUGCUUUGAUGCAAGAUUCUUUCGGUAGACCUGGAAGGAUUGUGUUGCAAGUCGCUGUUCUUGUUAGCAACAUUGGGGUUCUGAUCGUUUACAUGAUCAUCAUCGGUGAUGUUUUUGAGGAUAUGCUUGAAGAACGGCUUGGAAAAACCUGGUGGGACCAGAGAACUAUCGUUCUUCUCUUUACAACAUGUGUCUUUGCUCCAUUCACAGCCUUCAAGCAGAUUGAUGAUUUGAGAUUCGCAUCUGCCACAUCACUUGCUCUAGCGGUUCUUUUUCUUGUCAUCACUGGGGCAAUCGUCGUUACAAAGUUUUUCAGCGGUGGUUUGAUGAAGCCAAAACUGUUGCCAAGUUUCACUGACUUGUCAUCGGUCUUGAAACUCUUCACCGUUGUUCCUGUGCUUGUCAACGCAUUCAUUUGUCAUUCUAACGUCCACAGUAUACAGAACGAGCUUCAAGACUCCACUCGGAUCAAACCUGUUGUGCGAUCAGCGCUUAUCAUGUCCUCCUCUGUUUACAUAGUGACAAGCUUGUUCGGAUACCUCUUGUUCGGUGAAUCUACUCGUGAUGAUGUUCUGAAAAACUUUGAUACCCAUCUUAAAAUCCCUUAUGGUCUGGUUAUCAGUGAUGCAGUCAGAGUCAGCUAUGCAGCUCAUCUCAUGCUUGUCUUCCCUAUUAUCUUCUAUCCUUUGCGGGUUAACGUGGACGGUCUCUUUUUCCCUACGGCUCCAUCGCUUACCACCUCUAAUCUGAGGUUUCGCUCCAUCACUGCGGGUCUCAUUGCUGUAAUCUUUGUUGGUGCAAACUUCAUUCCAAGCAUCUGGGAUGCUUUUCAACUCAUUGGAGCUACAGCUUCUGUCUGCAUCGGUUUCAUUUUCCCUGCUGCUGUCAUCUUAAAGGAUCGUCAUAACCGAGCGACAAAGAUGGACAAGACUAUAGCCAUUUUCGUGAUAGUCCUUGCGGUUUUCUCCAAUGCAAUCGCCAUGUACAGUGACGUUUGCGCCUUACUCAAGAAGCACAAAUCCACAUUUCCAAUGUGA